AUGGCACCAGUAAAAGUGGCCGUCGCGGGAGCCACGGGCAACGUUGGACUGCCCGUCAUUCAGGCACUUCUUGACGCCAACUAUUCUGUAACUGCAUUGACGCGCAAGGGAAGCAAUAGCGCCUCCAAACUGCCUCAGUCUAGCAACCUCACAGUCAAAGAAGUCGACUAUACGUCGGUGUCGGACCUCAAAGCAGCUCUAGAGGGUAUCAAAGUGGUGGUGUCCACCCUCGCAACCACCAGUAUUGGCGAGCAAUAUCCUUUGAUCGACGCUUCCAUCGCCGUUGGGGUGGAAAGAAUCCUUCCGUCCGAGUUUGGCAGUGAUUUGGACAACCCCAAGACUGCUGCUCUCCCGGUGUUCAAGUACAAAGUUGAAGUGCAGAACUACCUCAAGGCCAAAGUCAAGGAGAAUCCGAACUUCAGCUACACGUUCCUGUACACGGGUCCCUUUUUCGACUGGGGCCUCGAGCACGGCUUCUUCUUGAAUCCGGCCAAACACUCGGGCGUUUUGUAUAACGGCGGCGACGCAAAGUUCUCGACCACGACGCUCAAAACCAUUGGCCGGGCCGUAGUUGGGGUCAUUGAGCACCUUGCCGAGACGGCCAACCGCGCAGUCUAUGUGCACGACACGGUCACCACACAGAACAAGCUGAUCGCAUAUGCCAAGGAGAAGGACGGCAAGGAGUGGGAUACGUCGGUCAAGUCGACCAAGGAUGUCUACCAGGAGAGUUUGGACGAGUUGACCCAGGGCGGAGACAUUGGCAAGGCCAUGGUCGGGUUCAUUCUGAGUGGUAUUUUCGGUGGUGACGAGACGGGCGCGAGCUACGAGGGUCACACGGACAAUGCACUGCUGGGCAUCAAGGAGUUGAGCGAGCAGGAAGUCAAGGAAGUCGUCCAGCGCUUUGUGUAA